AUGGGAUCUAAAUUGUCAUGUAUGUCUAAACAAUCUGAAAAUAAUGGAAAAAUACCAAAAUCAAAGAAACCAAAAUUACUUACUAAAGAUGAAGCAACAAACGAGGUAGUUACAGUGACAACAAAGGUUAUUGAAGAUAAAUCUGAACCCCCUAUAACAACUGACGAAUCAAUCAAUAAUCAUAUUGUACCCAAUGAUAAUGAAACAAUUAAACUACGAUCUCAUAUAUCUAUCUUAGAACCAGCACCAUCUAAUUAUGAAUUACCUAAACCAUUAUCUAUGUCAUCUACAAUGAAUAUUUCAUCAAAUUCAAUUAAACCAACAUUAGAUUCAUCUACAUUUACUAAACAACUGAUUAUUAAUAAAUCAACAUUAGAUGAUAAUCAUAUUGCUCAACCGGUUGAUAUAAUAGCACGUGAAUUAGCUAGAAGUCAUAGUAAACCAGCAACAUGGAAAGAUUUAUAUUGGUCAUUAAUUGGUAAACGUAAUCUAAUCAAUGAUGAAUUAAAAGUUAAAGCAUUAUUUUCAUGGUUAUGUUCAAUACCAGUUGGUUCUAUACCAUUUUUAACUUAUGAUGAAUUACAACAAGCUGAACAAGAUGAUAUACAAUAUGCUAAAGAAGCAUUAAAGAAUAAAUCGAAGAAAUUAAAAUUAGAUUCACCAGAAUUUAUAUUGAAUGAAAUGUCAUAUGGUAAAGCAACAUAUCUUCAAGCUUUUGAAUCAUUAUGUCAUUAUUCAAAUAUACCAUGUGUAACAGUGAAAGGUUUAGCUAAAGGUGUUGAUUAUGUAGUUGGUAUGCGUUUAAAUGAUAUAAAUGAUCAAUUACAACAACAACAACAAUCAUCAUCAUCAUCAUCGGCAUCAUCAUCAUCAAUUAUGCAUCGAUUACAACAUGCAUGGAAUGCUGCUUAUUUAGAUAAUAAAUGGGCAUUAUUUGAUCCAAUGUGGGCAGCGCAACGUUUAGCUGUUAGUGCUAAUACACGUUUAUCCCAAUUAGUACAAACUGGUCAAAUGGAUUAUGAAACGGAUAUGUUUUAUUUUAAUGUUGAUCCAGCUAAAUUUAUUUAUUCACAUUAUCCAUUUGAUGAAAAUUGGCAAAUGUUAAAACCACCAGUUACAUUAAAGGAAUUUGAAAACAGUGUUCUAUUGAAACCAGCUUUCUUCCGUCAUGGUCUUGGAUUACUAUCACAUCAAGAUUGUGUUAUACUUGCACCAAAUAAACUUGUUAUAAAAUUAUCCAUGCCAAAAACUUUAACGGAUACAUUGAAAUUUACAUUCAAUUUAAAAUAUGAAGGGAAGGAUGAUAAUCUAGAUUUGCCAAAUCUAAGUCAAUUUGGAAUACAUGAAUUAUCAAGACGUGAUGCAACGGUUACAUUUCAUUUUCGUUUCCCAAAACCUGGAGGUUAUAAGCUUACUUUAUAUGCACAACGUAUUGGUGAAAAGUUAUUUGCAGAUAUAUGUGAAUAUCGUGUAGAAUCAAAAAUGAGUACCGAUUUACAACAAACAGAACCGGUUGCUAUGGAUACUAGUACUACUACUACUAUCAGUAAUAAUAAUAAUAAUGAUACUUCAAAACCAGCUCUUACAAUUCUACCAUUUCCUCCAACAUCACAAGGACAUUAUGGUCCAGCUGAAAAAGCUAAAGAAUUAGAUAUUAUUACUAUACCAGAAGAUUUAGAAACUCACUUAAAUUGUCAUACUGGAAUAUUAGAAAUUAAAUUCACAACUAAAGAUCCACAACGCAAGCUUCCACGUUUAACUGCACGUUUAAAAUCAUCAAUUCAUGAAACAUCAAUGCUUACUGAUUGUAUACUAUUGCGUAAUAUUGAAGCAACUUCAUCGGGUAGUUUAAUUUCUGCAACAAAUCGUUUAUCUGGUACACAAACUAUACAAGGAUCACGUAUUAAUAUGAUAAUAUUGACAGCAUAUUUACCAACAGGUGGUGAAUAUGCAUUAGAAGUUUAUGGUGCACCAGCUGAUUCAGAUGAAAAUACUUCAUAUUUCUUGGUUUGGCAGUUUUUAAUCAAUUCUGAAUAUGGAGUUCGAUUAUCUACUCCAGUUAGAAAACGUUUAGCUACAAUGAAUCUAGGUCCUCAAGAUGAAACAUGGUCUACAUUAGGCUUAAAAUUACUUAGUCAUGAUGAUCCUUUAAUUCAUGUUCCAACAGCUGGUUCUAUUGAAUUACGAAAAACUCGAAGUAAAUCAGAAAUUAUGAGUCAGUAUAUGAGUCAAGGAGAUAAAAUUAUGAAUGGUGUAUCUACAAAUGAUUCAUUAAUAGUUCCUACAACAUCACCAGAUCAAACAAAUGAAAUAGAUGAUGAAGUACAAGAUCCACGUAGUUGUGAUUUGAAAAUAAGAAUUUCCAAAGAAUCUCAACAAAAACUUUAUGUCGUUGGACAGUUUGUAGAUAUAAGUACACCAGAGGAAGAGGAUUGUACAAAUUAUCUAUUACAACAAUGGGAUGAAACUGAAGAACCAAAUAUAACUGAACAUUUAACCUAUUUUAUUCGUAUACCAAAAGGUGAUCAUUUUUAUAAAUUAUAUAUAUAUGCAAUACCAAUUAAUAAUAAUGAAUUACCACAAUCAUUACCAUUAGUUUAUACAUAUUUAAUUGAAGCACCACCACGUAUUAUGUCAUCUGAAAUACCAUAUAUUGGUGUAAAAUGGGGUGGAUUUCCUGAAAAAUUAGAACAACAACAACAACAACACCACCACCACCAACAACAACAAAACUACCUCCACCCCCAACAACAACAACAACAACAAAUAACUAUUACAUAAUUCUUGAAAUCGACUUCUGUUUUUUUUGUAAUUUUUUUUCGAGCGCCAUUUUAAUAUUGUAAAAAAAAACAAAACAGUAUGGUAUUAUUUUCGAAUAAGUAAUGAACUUGGAUUCAUGUUUUUGUCUUGUUUUUGCAAUUUCUUCUUCAUUGAUUUCGUGUCGUUGAUUAAGUGAAUGAUGAUGAUGAUGACUUAUGAAGACUUUCUGCUGUUGUUGUUGUUGUUGUGAUUGGUUCUUCUUUUUUUUCUUUUUUUUCGCUUGUUGUUUACUUCACAAGAUUAUUCAAUUUAAAAUUCUGUUUUGUUUGUUUUGCUUAUCAUUGAUUAUGGUUCAUUUGAUUGGUUGAUUGAUUGAUUGACUGAUUGGUUGAUUGAUUGAUUGAUUGAUUGAUUGAUUGAUUGAUUGAUUGAUUGAUUGAUUGAUUGAUUGAUUGACUGAUUGAUUGAAAUGAUCCAUUUAUUAGGUUCCAGCCAAAAAAAAGACAACAAACAAAAACAAUGAUCAGAUCUUUUUUAUAUGCUUAUUAGGAUCAUUUGAAGAUAAAAACGCUUAUAGAUAUUAUGUAAUAGUGACUUGUUUUGGUUUUUUUUGUUAUUUCAGUGCCUGUUUUUGCAGUAUGUUCAUGUGUAAGAAUGUUAAUGUGAUACUUUGUGUGUGUGUGUGUGUGUGUGUGUGUAAGUUGUUAUUCUUAUAUGCUUAAAAGUGACUCAAUGAAUUCAUAUUCAAUUUUGUUGUGUGUUUUUUUGUUUCUUUGCAAUUUAUUUCGAAGACGUUAUAACUUGUGAGUUUAUACCCUUAUCAAUAAUAUAAACGUAAUGAUAUCACCAAUUAGUGAUACAGUGAAUUAUCGACUGGAUCAAUGACGCAUAAAACAUAUAAGAGCAGUCUAGAGUCUUUACCGGUUCCGUUUCCUGCCUGACUUAGCCUGUCGGAAUACAGAAUACUGAUCUCAGGAUCUGUGAUAUGAAUCAUAUAUUUCAAACAUACUGGGUUUAUAUACUAGUUAAACAGACCACAUCAUACCAUAAAAUAGAAAACAAAAUUUGUACAAGAU